AUGUCGUUCUUCGUUGAACUUUGGGAGUCCAUCUUCACGCCGGGGACUUCCCCUGCGCUCAUGAAGGCUACUCAUGCGUCAUUCAUCCUGCUUCUUUUGUCGUUGCUCUUUCUCAUUUUCUACUCCGGCUCCAUUCACUUCAUAAAUCUUUUCGUGAUUGCGUCAUGUUUGUAUGCUGCUGUCAUCUGGUUCGUAAAUGAAUUGAAGAAUAUCAAGCUCAAAGACAACGAGGAGUUAGCCAAAGAAACGGGGGGUCUGGUCAGCGUUCCAAGUGAGAAAAAGCAGGUAGAGUCGGGAUCUACGAGCGGAGUGAAGAAACCAAUCGGCGCGCCAACCAAGAGAAAGACGUAA